CGUCCGUAUCGUCCCCUGUAAACAACGAAAAUCUCCGCGCCCUGCAUCCUACCCGGCACCCUGUCGUCCGUUUCCGCCAUUGGAUAGUGGCGUCGUUGUUGUCUUAUGUAUCGUCGUGUUUCCACAACAUCCCGACUGAAUAAUAUGACACAAAUGGCCGGUGGCGUGGCCAUUGAUUUGUACGCCGACGAUCUGGAACAAGACUUUGCUCAGGUAAUGUUUACGACACAUACGUAUGUUCGGCGCGCGCGUAUUGUACACCGUGUACAGGUUAUUGUUAGCCGUUCGGCCAUGUUUGAAAGCACAGCGGGCGGUUGUGUGUAGAGCCUAAAGACGGGGACGCUUACUAUGUCCCGGAUUGUCUCGAAUUUCGCGUAAAUUUCGCCUUGGCAUGAAGGCGUCUGGUUCUUUUGGUUCACUUACCGUUCUAUUCAGAUUUCUCAACCUUAUACGGGGAAGUUCAUUAAAUAAUUGGUAUAUGAGCGCUUUUUUAAGUUUAAUCUGCUUUCCGUCGACGAUCUUCGAAAACAAAGUGUAUGACAAAGUCUACAUUAACUUGACCAGUACCUACCGCUCACAAAGCAGUGAUUCGCUUUCUCGUGAAAUUUGUAUUCAAAAGAAUAUUAAAUUCCACAGAUCUUCAUUAGUUUUGUACUUCAAAUCUGUUUGCCAUUGUUUAUUAGAAAUUCAGUCAAGUUCUAUUGCCUUGACACAAUACUCAAAUGUCACUUUAAACUAAAACGAAUUGAUCAUUGUUUUUUUGUUUACUUAUACAUUUUGACUUGGAUUGGUAAUAAUUGUAAAUAACUUUCUAAUCUUAUGUAUAUUGUGAACCAAAUAGUUGAAACUAUUACUACAUAGGUGUUUUGUUUUGUUUUAUUUUGUUAUUUCUUGUACUGGUGUACCUAUAAUAUUUAGUUUUAUAUAGGCUUGAACUUAUGGAUUUUAAUAUGUUAAUACUGUUUAAAGUGAAAGAGUACAUUUGGUAUAAAAUUUAAAUACUUAAUUUUCUUGAUAUUAAAAGAGGUAGUUUUAUUUUUAGGAAAAAGUGAAUAUUUUUGUACUUUUAAGUAUUAAUUUGUUUAAUUUAUUACUAUAUUUGUUACAUUUAGUCCAGCUUUGAAGUGCUAUUUAAAGACACAAGCAGAUCAAUAUUUUUUAAUCACCUAAGUAUAAUUUCUCUAAAAUCAAACUAUUAUUAAGUAUUACAAACCAAUUUUAUCCUUGCUCACCUUAAAAUCAAAUAUGUAUGUAAAUAAUUUCUGGAUUAUAUUGUUAAAUGAUGUAUUGUUAUACAUAAUAAGGAAUUUAAAAUUUUUUUUUUAUUGUAAAUAUUUAAUUGAAUUAUAUUUCUAAGUGGCUACACAAUAUUUAUUAUCAUGAUAAUUGAAUGAAUAAGUUAUACUAGAAAAAGUAUCCUGUAGUUAUUUUUAAUUAUUUGACUAAUAACUAGUUAUACCUACUAGUUACUAGUUAUACUAGUUACACUUAUAUAAAUAUUUUUUAAUUACAAAUAUUAAUAGUACUCCUUAUAAUUUUUAAAGCAAAAUUUUAAAAAAAUUAGUUGGUUACCUGGUUAAAUACUAAAAAUAAUAUUGGUAGAUUACAAAAAAUAAACUGAUCCUGCUAAUGGGUGUGCCACUGAUGUCGGUAGGAAGUUAGGAAGGUACGAUAUAUGAAGUUAUCUAUGUACUUUAUACCUAUAUAUAACCAUAAAUUAUUGCUGAUUAAUUACAUUGAACUCAAGUUCUUUUUUACCACAAUGGUAGGAAUUGUGAAUUUAUUGAUUUGACAAAAAGUGCGAACUCUUGCAUUUAAGUAUAUUUAAUCAAAUAUUGUAUAUAUCACACAAGCCAACCAAUGCCUCAAUUCUUAGCAAAUAUAAAAUAUAUUAUCAGUAUUUUCUUUUUAUAGUCAAUAUAUUUUGAUAAGAUAUUUAAGAAAGCAUAUUUUAUAAAAAAAACACAUUAUUAGUAUAGUUUUAAAUUAUUAAUAUGUAUUAUAUUAUAUUAUUAUUACACAGUUUAAUAGAUCUUAAGUCAUAGGUCAUUGGUGGUACCCUGGGUGUACUUUGUGGAAGUAAUCUAUCAUUACACCUCAUAUUUAAACUUGGAAAAUGAAUAUAAAAAUGGAAAUGGAAAAAUAAAAAAAUUGAAUCAAACAUUUUUUUUGACUUAAAAAAUUAUCCUUAUUAAAUAUAUGAAAUUAAAAAUAUGUAGGUACAAUAAAUUGAGAUUCACCGUAUUAAAUCAUAUUCGUUAUUAAUUUAAAUAAAAAAAUGUAAGUUCAAAAGUUAAUUAUUUUACAUGUUAUUUUUAAUACUGUGAUUAGGGCAGCUACAAAUGAAAUCAUAUAAACAUGUUUUAUAUAUUGUACCAAGAAGUGAGCAAGUAAACUCAUUUGUUAAUAUGGAACACUCAUUAAGUUCAGUUUUAAGUGCAAUGUAUAUUUUUUCAUCUGUAAGUGAUUUAAUAUGCCUGGAAUUAAAGCUGAGAGGUUUGAUGAUACAUUUUGGUUCAGUUUUGAACCAUAAAUUAAAACUACUUGAUUUUAUAUGUUUUAUGUACUGAUUACUGUUACUGUAUAAAAAUAUUUAUAUAUUUUUAUCAAUUAAUAAAGGUGAUGUUUUAGCUUUGAUGUGUAGUUGAGUAUUUAUUGUUUUCUCAGUGAAGUGUUUUUAUUUAUUUACUUUCUAGUUGAACAUUUUAGUUCUGAAAUAUAUAUAAACAGUAAACAUUUAAUGUUUACAAAUGUUUAUACAAAAUAUAAAAUACCUAUAUAUAUAUUACAAUAUUAUAAUAUAAUAUUUAUGUGUAAAUACAAUACAAAUAUAUUACUAAAUUUAUCAAGUUUAUUGAUUUUCAAUAUGAUUCUUUUACAUUAAUAUAUUUUGAAUGUAUCCAUUUACCCAUCCUAGUACCCAUUUUUUGAAAAUGUUGUAGACCAAAACUUUAUAUCAUACAAUGUUGAAUGUUUUUUACUAUUUAGAAUUUGUUUGUUGAGACACACUUUUUGGAUGGCUAUCUAGUUUGUUUAUAUAUUUGUGGUGGAAGUAGGCUGCAAAUCAAUCUAUGGAUUGAAACCAUAGAGAGAAAGGAAAUUACACAGAAAAUCAAAAACGGCUUCUCCGUGUACCAAUUAAUGCUACAAAAAAGCUUUUUCUGUCAAUUUCUAAUAUGAGCAACACGUAUUUCUGGUAGAAAAGUUGCAUACUCAAAAAAAAUAAAUUAACACUUAAUAGUAAAACCAAUGUAUUCUUUGCUGCUAAAAAAAACCAAUUAGGUUAGAUUAUUGUAAUCUGUUGAAUUACCCCAGUUAUUAUUAAUUUAUGUUUGAUGGCAAAUAAUUUUUAUCAGACCAUAUACUAAAUAUUCCAAUAUUUUUUUUUUUAUUCAUUAAUAUUAGUUCUUCACAUCAUCUAAAUUACAGUUUAAUAUUGAGUUUUAAAGUAUUAUAAAGAUUAAAUAUUCAUCCAGUUUUUGUGAUUUUAAUAUUUAGUAUCUAGGUAAAUCAGUUACAUUAUUAUUCUCAGUAGGUACCUAUCUAUAUUUACUUCUAGUAUAACAAUUUUAAUUAUGAUGUUUAAUUUUUUUUUUUUAUUAUGAUUAAUUACUAAUACUUAUUAUGUUUGGUUUUUAUUUUAGGAAGAUUUUGCUGAAAAUGAUAAUGUUGAUUUAUAUGACGAUGAUAUGUCUGGGAUCAGUAUUCAGACACGACAGCCAGUUGAUAGGUCUCCUAAUAUGAAUACUAAAAAUAGCUCUUCAUUAGUGACCAAUGGCUCAUCUAGUAGCACUACAAGUAAUAACUCUACUUCUGGACGUCGUUAUCAAUUAUAUAUUGGUAAUUUAACUUGGGUAAGUAAAAAAUGUCAUUUCAUUUUUUCAUUGUUUUUACUGUUAUAAUAAUAAAAAUUAGGCAAUUAAUGAGAGAGUGGUAAAAAAAGUUUUAUAUACAAUGAUAUAUUUCCGUGGCUAGAUUAUUUCAAAGUGUUAAAUUUUAAAAUUGUUUUUUUUUUUACUAUUUAAGAAAUAAGCAGAUCUAACAUGUUACACUAACAUUAUUUUUGUGGGUAAAAUUACCCUACUUUUGAUUUUCAAAUGGCAAUUUAUAUUAUAAAUUCUAUAAAUAGAUGAAGUAUUAGUUUAAACAAGUCUUAGGAUUUUUUAUUUCUUGAAAAUGAUAAUGAAACUUUUAUUUUUGGGUAGAGAAGAGAAGUGGAGCUACAUUCAAACAUAAGUUUAUUUUUAUUUAUUAUUCUAUGUCCCAUUUACUUUAAAAAAAAUCUAUACCACUUCUCUGAUUCCAAGAAAUACCAUGAAAAAAUCUGAAGUUUAACAUCAUGGUGUCCUUGACAAAAGAUUGACUUGGGGUUCUCAUAUCAAAUCCAAAAGAAAAUAAUCUCAAUAAUAGACUUUUACUCCACCCAGUACUAAAAUAAAAACUAGCUCUUCAUACUAAGAUUACUGUUUCCAAAUCUCUAUUAAGACUUAAUUGGCCAUCCUAAAUUCAUACACUGAAGUGUGAUUGAAAUCCUUUUAACAUAUUGACGGACAUUUGUAAUAUAACUUUUACUAAUAUAUUAGUAGUGCUAUACCUAUAUCCAAAAUCUAUGUAAAUUGUCAGUAUGGAUUGACAUAAUGUGGCAGUCCACUGUCUUAUGAUUUGAUACCAUUGAAAAGAUUACUGCUUCAACAGUAUUGACAUAUAAAAGAAAAUUUAUUUAUUUAGAUCAGGGGAAUAGGGAAGGGUUAUGGAUAGGCAAUUUAUUACCCUUCACUAAUCUAAACUUUAAAAUAUUAUUACUCAUAAAUGGUAAAUCUGAAAUUAGUGUUAUGUACAUCAAAAUGUCUAGAAAAAUAUUCUCUAUUCAAAUCUGUGAUUAAAAGGGGGGAGUUCCUAUUUGAAAAUCAAAUGUAUGCACUUAUUUAAGGUAUAUAGAGUAGGGGUAAAAAAUCAAAAAUGAUUUUAAAAUAAAGCUUAAUGAUUAGAAAAAAGCAGAUAUCAAAUUCACUUAAAAUCCUCUGAAAUAAAUAUUGGUUCAUGAUAAAAAUAUCACCCUGUAUAUUAUUAUAUUUUGUUAAAAGUGGACAACUGAUCAAGAUAUAACAGACAGUAUUAUGAGCAUCGGCGUGACAGAUUUUAUUGAAGUCAAGUUUUUUGAAAAUCGAGGAAAUGGUCAAUCCAAAGGUUUUUGUGUUGUUACAUUGGGUUCAGAGCGUAGUUUACGCUUAGUUAUGGAUAGAUUGCCCAAAAAAGAACUCCACGGACAAUCACCUGUUGUCACAUAUCCAACUAAACAAGCCCUUUUACAGGUAAUUUUAAUUAAUGUAUAAGUUAUUAUAUAUAACUAUUUAAAUAAUUUAUAUUAACAAAAUAAUAAAGUAAAAACAAAAUUAUCAAAUGGGUAAUACUUGUAAAUAAGUAUAUAAAUAAAUGAAUGUGUCUUGUUUUUUGGAAGUCAUCUUCAGGUAAAAUCAAGUAAGUCAAAAAGUUGACUGGACUAAAUAUGAAAAAAUAAAUGAAGGAAUACAUAGAAAAUUCUACAAACUGAUUAUUAUUUUAUAUUAUUUAUAUUGUUUUAGUUUGAAUCACAAUCUAAAACUCGUCCACUAUACCCAACACAUAUUCAGAAUAUGCCUAUUAUGGGUGGUAUGGUAAGACCUCUGGGUGGACAAGUAAUGCAGCAACCAAUGCGUGGUGGUCCAAUGAUGCCACAGUCUCAAGGUAUGAGGAACAGAAUUCAAGGUAUGCAACAAUCACCUCAAGGUAUGCAACCACCAAUGGGUAUGACUAAUGGGCAUAGGAUACCAUUGCAACCAGGUGGGCAUAUGAAUAUUCACCAAUCAGGUCCACCUGGUCCUCCUGGUUAUCAAAAUCAAUGGAAUGGGUCUAAUCAGCAAAUGGGUAACAAUUAUAAUUUAUUUAAAUUUUUUAUAUAUACUCUGUUUUUUACAUUCAAGAAUAUUUGUUUGAUUUUGUUAUUUAGGGCCACUAAGAUCAGGAAUGCAACCUCAAGGACCAGUGGGACAGCCUAGAGGACCACCUCCUGGAAUGGUAAUUUUAUUUUCAAUUUUUGUAGAUAAUUUUUGUAACUGUUUGAAAUAUUUUCAGUUUCUACCAGGUCAAGGUCCACCACGAAUUGGACCACAUCAAGGUCCUCAGGGAUCUCCAGGACCAGGUGGACCACGUGGUGAUUGGAAUCGUCCUCCUGGAAUGCCUACUCAUCACAUGGCUCCCCCAGGUACUGGUUUUUCAUCUCAUCAACAAGGUCCAAUGCAAGGUCCUCCUGGCCAAGGUUAGUAUUGUACUCCUGUUAAACUUGAUGUGUAAUGUAUAUUUUAGAUUCUGAGUGGAGCGAAGAAGUUUGUGGUUUUACAAAGUUGUUGUGAUGAUCUGUGCGCAACUUUUCUACUAGAAAUCUUGUUUCGAUUAUAAUUUUAACUGUUUUUCUGAUAGGAAAUCAUUGUUGGGAGGUACUUUAAAGAGGUAAUUUUUCGUUUUCCUCAAGUGUUUUUUCAUCAAAUGCGAAAAAUGGGAAAAUUUACGAAAUAUAAUCUUAAGAUUUUUUUUUUUUGUUGACAACUUUUCUACUAGCAAUUUUGCUCCAACUUUAAAUGAUAGCAAUGUUUCUAAAAAGAAAUUUCACUUGGGAGGUACUUCUAAGAAAUCAUUUUUUGAUUUUCUAAGGAGUUUUCUCAUCAAAUGUAAUAAAAAGGAAAAUGUUCAAAAUAUAAUGCAAUUUUUUGCAAAAACUGAAGAAAAAACAGAAAAAUAUAUAAGAAAUGUAAGUAUUAGUUGAAAUAUAUUAUGGCCUUCUUUUUUUCUGUGCACAACUUAUUUACCACCGCUUUUGCUCUAAAUUUUAACAAUAGCAAUGUUUCUUAAAGGAAAUUUUACUAGGUAGGUAAUAAAGUAUUAAAGAGGUUAUUUUUUGAUUUUCUCAGUAGUUUUCUCAUCAAAUGUAAUAAACAGGAAAAUGUUCAAAAUAUAAUGCAAUUUUUUUUUCAGUGAACGUUUUUACCUACAAUUUUGCUAUAAUUUUUCUAAAAGGAAAUCUGACUAGGAAGGUAGAGGGUUCAUUUUUUGAUUUUCUCAGAAGUUUUCUAAAUAAAUGUGAAAAACUGGAAAAAUUAUAAAAUGUAGGUAUUACUUGAAAAAAAUAUUACAGCCUUUUUUCUUGAGAACAACUUUUCUAUCUGAAAUUUUGCUCCAAUUUUAAUGAUAGCAAUUUGUCUAUAAGGAAAUUUAAUUGGAGAGAUAUUUUAGAGAGGAUAUGUAAUUAUUUUACCAUAAUAAGACAUAUUAUAUUGCUGACAAAGCAACUACAAUAUCAAUUGAACUUCGCUCAAAAUUGAUAUUUUGUUAAUAAUGGAUAAUUGUUGCUAACAGAUAUACAUUAAAUUACCUAGAACAGCUUUUUUUAUUUAUGUUUUAAGUAAUAUUUUGUGAAAUUUAAAAAUUAUUUUCCUAUUUAAUAAAAAAUGAUUUAGGUCCAGUUCAAAUGAUGCAGGGAGGUCCGGGUCUAGUACCUGCACCUGCACCACAUGUUAAUCCUGCAUUCUUCACGACACCAAGUGGUGCAUCUCAGGGACCACCAAGUCACCAUAGUUAUGGUUCUCCCAAUUUACUUUCUUCCCGACCCUACAUGAGUAAUGAAAUGGGAAUGCCUGAACAAGAGUUGGAAGAAAUUAUGAACAGAAACAGAACUGUUUCUAGUUCUGCUAUAGCACGAGCCGUUGCUGACGCUGCUGCUGGCGAAUUCUCAAAUGCUAUUGAAACUUUAGUUACUGCAAUAUCAUUGAUUAAACAAUCUAAGGUGGCCAGCGAUGAGCGGUGUAAAAUUUUAGUGAGUUCUUUGCAGGAUACACUACACGGAAUUGAAUCAAAGAGUUAUAGUUCAAGGAGAGGUAAAUUUAUAUGCUUUACAUUGUAUUUUGUUUAUUUUAUCUGUAUUUUUAUUUGUAGAGAGGUCAAGAUCACCUCGUGACCGUGCGCACCGAAGAUCAAGACGUGAACGUACUAGAUCUCGUGAACGAGACUAUAGAGAUAGAAGCCGUGAUCAUGAAAGGGAAAAAGAUCGUGACAAGUAUGAUAAUUGUUUUGUUUUGUAUUAAUAUUAGUUAACAAGUCUAUAGCUUUAUAUUGUUAAAAUGUAGUCUACUAAUGUUGGCUAAAUUGUUAACUGGAACCACCUAGAUUAUAUUUAAUUAUAUUGAACUAGUUCAUUAAUAGACUAGAAUAUUGUUAUAUCAAACAUAACUUUGGUUGUAUAAUAUUUCUCAAGUAUACUAUAACUUAUGAUGUGGCUCUUUUAAUAAAAGCUAUAUAUAAAGGGUAAAAUAAUUUUGUUACUAUAACAGGUAUGUUGAUCGUUAUUAUACAUCGGACCGGGAUGGUGACAGAGAUAGGGAAAGAGAAAGAGAUCGUGAAUACAGAGAGAAGAGUCAUGAAGACAGGUAAGAUACUAGAAUCAUUUUUAAAAUGCUUGAACAAUUUAUUCUUUCUAGAAUACUUUGUACUUUUAAAGUUUUCAUACUUGUUGAGGGUAAAGUUUAUUGUUUAACAGUUCUGCAAAAGCAAGCAGCCGAAGUAGAAAAGUCACUCCGCCGGAUGUUACUGAGUCUGUUACUGUAUCUUCUAAAUCCAGGUAAUAUUACCAAAUGUUCAGAUCCUUUCAUCAAAUAUCCAAAAGAAAAAAAAAAAAAAAAAAUGCUAAUAUUUAUUAAUUAUUAUAAUAAAUAGUUUAUUGACUCCUGUGUUUUUCAAAUAGAUUAUUGUACUGUUUUUAAAUUUAUUUAUUAUUCUAGGUACUAUGAAGAUCGUUAUCGAGAACGUGAUAGAGAGCGUGACAGGGAACGUGAACGUGAACGUGAAAGAGAAUCAACUUCUAGUAGAAGACCAGUAGAUUCAGACAGAGAUAUUGACAGAGAUCGUAGAGAAGACAGGGCUGGAUCUUCACAUCGUAGUUCUAGACAUUAAUGCAUCUGUAGUAAGUAUUUGUUGAUUGUAAGUUUUAUGAGAUAGACAACUGAUGUUUAUUUUUUUAGUUUAUUCAAUUUUAGAAUAGAUUUUGAACAAAUUUCAAAUCUUUUUUUUUUUAAUUUUCAUUAGUUUUUAAUUUUUAUUAUUAAGUCAAUUUUAUGUUUUAUUUGAUGGUCUUUCUUAAUUAAAGUUCAUAUAAUUUUUAUGAAUUAUUGUUUAUAAAAUCAGAAUUCAAACUAUUUUUUUAAGAUAGGUAGGUACUCUAUGAUAAAAUUGUUAGACUUAUUAGAAAUAUUUGUAAAUUCAACAAGAGGUUCAUUAAGAGUUACUUUAUGUUAAAAAAAAAUUAAGUUAAAUGUAUUUUUUUUUAAAUGAAAUUAAAUACCGAAUUUUGACAAAAAUUGUUUGAGUAAAAAAUAUGUGAAACAAAUAUAAUUUUUAAAUUUUUUUUUUUAACUUAUGUAUAUUGUCUAUUUAAGAACGAUGAUGGAGUCAGACUGACUCAGUUUAGAUAUUAUAGCUUUUUGAAGUUCUGAUUUAUGGAUAUUAUAUGUUUGUUAUGUUUAAUAACUAUAUUGUAUUUUUUAAAGUAUGUUUGUUGUAGCUGAAUAUAUAUAUGGUUUUACAUAUAUAUAUACAUAGUUCAUACCCAUGUUUUUAAUUUUUCCCUUUUACCUAAACAUGGAAAAAAUUUAUAAUGAAUAAAAAUAAAUAUUAUAAAAAAUAUAUUGAAAUUAGAAAGUAAAAAAUAGUUUUAAGUUAGUUUAUAAUUUGAAUAUACAUUUUAAAUGAAGAUUUGAGUGGGUUUUUGUAUUGUUAUAUUGUUUACAGAGGGAAAAACGCUGAAAUAUUUUACAACUAUUACCUACAUUUUGUACAUUUUCUGGGUUUUCUUAUUUGUUGAUGAAAACCUGGGAAAAACAUACAAAAUUUGCCUCUCUAAUGUACCUUCCCAGUCAGAUUUCUUUUCAGAGAAUAAUUUGUUGACUAGUUUAAAAAAUUUAGGUUUGGUUAGGUUAUCAAUAUUUCUAUGAAUAUUUUGAAAUGUAUAUUCACCACAAAAUACAUAAAUGUUUAAGACUCUAUUGCUCUAUUAUAAAGCUAUUUAUUUGUUGUAAUAUUUACUAAUUUUUCUUAAGGGUGUCAUGCCUUAAGUAUAUUACAGAUUAUAGAAAUUAUUGAUUAUUGCCUAUUUGCACCGGUUAAUCAAAUGUUAACUCUAGGUAAUAGACUUAAUAAUUUUGAUUUAUUUUUAAUUCUCCUUUGGAGAUGAAACAUUUUUUAAAAAAUAGUUGUAUUCUAUAGUUCUUAGUUCUAUUAUUAAGCUAAAUAUUGUCUUAAUCAAUAUAUUUCUUUUUAAUAUUUUUCUUUUCUUAUAUUUCUUUUUUCUUCUUUCUUUUAUUUAUAGUUAUUUAUCUAUAGUGUUUACUGAAAUAAUUUUAACCAUUGUUUAUAUGUAUAAAUAUAUUAUAAUAAUAUAAUAACAAAGAAUAUUGACUUAUAGUUGAAUUAAAAUGUAUAUAACACUAAUAAUAUUACCCCAAUAUAAUUUAUUAAUAUUUGAUAAACAUUGUGUUAAUAUUUGUUACAGAUAAAGCAAAAUUGAAAAAAAAAAACAAAUCAGACCAGUAACUCGAAAAAUAAUCUAAAGAUUCUAACAUUAUAAAAAAACAAGUUUCCCAAUUUUUUUUUUCAGGUAGGUAGUUUUUAUUUUUAUUAUAAUAUCAGCUACUUAAUAAAAUAUGAAUUAUUAAUUUAUUAUAAAUUCAAAAUAUGUACUUAGAAAUCUAAGCUGUGAUUGUGCUAUCACAGGGUUGCCACCAAUGUGUUAUACUUAAAAUAGUAGAUAAAGUGACCAAAAUGUGACUUGAAUACAUCAAUAAAACAAGUUCCAUAAAGAUUUAGCCUAAUUUAGAAGUAUAUUAUUAUAAUUUUACAUAAGAUUCAUUGUGUUUGUAUUGACAUAACCUUAACAUUUUAGUAAUUUGAAAACAUAUCCAUUUUUAAAUGUAGGUAGAAUAGAU